CACGGUCGCACAAAACGUGCCUCACAUCACUCAAACUCCUUAUAAAAAAAAAAACUUUCCAAAAAACUAGUCAUAAGCUCCUCAACAAUGCCACCACUGAUAUCUCUCCUCUUGGUCCUCACGAUCCUCCAGGUCAAUUUAGUGUCCUCCCAAGACCUCAAAACGAUUUUUCGCACCCCAAACAAACGCAAUUAUGACGAAUUCGAAAUCCUCGAACGUUCCAACUUCGAAUCGGACAAUUCAGAUUUGAAAAAUUACCCCGAGAAACCUAAAUCGUAUGCAAAUGCCCAAAUUUUGCUCAGAAUUGGUGGAGGAGAAAAAGAUGGCUGUGCUUGUGGUAACAAUUGCAAGUGUUGUGGUGGAGGAAAUUGUCCUUAUUGUCCUCUGUGUUUAUGUCUGCCGCCUUGUUACCCCUACUUACCCCAUCUACUUGCUCAACCAAUCAAACCAGUCGAUGAUAUUCCCCCACCACCAAAAGAACUACCCCCACCACCAAAACUCAGCGAAAAUGAACUAAACGAAAACGUUGUUGAUGAAAUAGGAGAAAAUGUCAAAAAUGAACAUCCUAUCAUUUUGGAUACUGUGAAAAUACCAGAUGAAGCCAUAAAACCGAUUGAUGACCUUGAAAGGUGUCUCAAGGACGUGUCCUCAAAAAUCGAUCCAAAACAAGUGUCACCAAAUGUCAAAUUCAUGGCUUUGGAUUUAAGUAAAGUACCGAAAAAUGCUGACAACACGCGUGACCUUGAAGAGUCACUUAUUCCCUAUUUGGGAAGUGGCCAGGUCCGUCCUAAGCUUUUAGUGACUCAUCCGAUUUUUAAUAGACCUCAAAGUGAUGUGGUACCAGUUGUGAGUGGAUACAAAUUUUCUGAAGGUUCGUGGUACUAUUCCGAUCCUGUUAAAAGUGUAGAGUACCAAAAACCACCAAUUUUGACAGUUUUGGGGCCACAAAAAUUAGUAAGGUAUUUGGUAGUACCAGUGACUGAACCAGCAGUGGUACCACACGACGAGGAUUGCUGUUGUUGCAGUUGUGCGAAAUAUGUUGGGGAGUUGAACGAAAAAAUGGCGUAAUGUAGCACUAUUUAUUAUUUAUUGUUGGUAGUAGUAUUUUUUUAAUAGUAAAAAAAACCAAGUAAAACUUUUUGUGCAUA